GCUUGCAAUGCUUGGGCUCAGUAUGCGAUUAACUCUCGGACGCUGCGCAACGUAGGCCAAAUUGCAAUUUCGGAAACGUUAAUUUAUAAAUAGUAACAGUAAUAAAAUAGUGGCGGUCAUUGUACAAAAGCGAAGAAUUUAAUAAAAAUUUAGUAGUUAAAAAAAAACAUAUUAAUUAUAAAAAAGGAUGUGAAAUUCCAAAAAAUUUUAAUGAAAAUUUAAAAAGUAAAGCGUGAAAUUUAUGUGCAAAAAAGUAAAAAAAGUCCUUAAAAACAUAUAAAUACCAAUAAAAAUUAUAUGAACAGAGUUUCGUAACGUUUAAAUUUUCAACGAUGACACUUUCAACCGCACGCCUUAUCAUCGCAGUUGCGGUUUUAUUUGCGGUGGCAAGAUGCGACUUGAUGAGCUCAGAUAAUGCUGCAGAAGAAUUCGCUGAGCUAAGACGCGACGAUCUAACGAGAAAAGUUAUGGAAAAUGAUACUGUGCUAUUACCUUGUGACAAUCAUUUUACAUUUCAAUAUGUCCGUUGGUAUAAGGAGGACCAAUUACUUGCCGAUUCACGCGCCAGCACUGAAACACCAACACCUGAUCGUAUACGACUCUGGUCUAAUGGUAGCCUGCAAAUUUCCCAACUACAACCGGCAGAUACUGGCGACUACAGUUGUGCGCUGAAAACCGACAACAACACAGAAGUCGAAAAAAUGCAUUCCCUAAUCGUGCAAUAUCCGCCUACAGUAAUGACCGAACCAGAAGGUAAUAUCGAAUUACCAAUCGGAGCUGUUUUUCAGGUGAUCUGCGAAGCAAGAGGUGUGCCACAGCCCAAAUUGUAUUGGCGUUGGAAUGGCAAAUUGGUGGAUAAUCAACUAGUUGGCAAUCGCCUGAGUAUACAAAUAGAGGUGGGUUCGCGCGAGCAAUCUGGUCCAAUUGAGUGUGUGGCUAAUAAUAGUGUAGGUGAUAUAGCUGUGGCUGGGAUGUUUUUGAAGGUGCAGUUUCCGCCCGAGGUGCGUGUGGCGCAACAUGUUGUCUACACCAAAGUCGGCUCACGCAGCGAUUUAGAAUGUCUGGUCGAGGCUGUGCCGGGUUCUGGUGUGAACUGGUUUCAUCAUGGCGUGCCGAUGACCUACGAUUCCAGAAUAAGCCGUUACGAAACCGAAAUGCAACCGAAUGGCUCCAAUUUGCAAUUCAACACUGUUAUCAAGCAUACAUUGGCCAUAAAAAAUGUACGCGACUCUGAUCUUGGGCUGUAUGAGUGUCGCGCGGAGAAUAAAUUGGGUUUCAAGAGUGCAGCCAUCGAUUUGACUGGACGCCCAAUGCCAUGUGUUUUUAAAAUCAAUCCGGGCGUGCAGAGUUCAACUUCACACAUUUUGGUGUGGCAAACGGAGAGUUUAUCACCGUUAAUGGAAUUCAAAUUGAAGUUUCGGCAAAUUCCAUCAGCAAGCAUAACACCACAUACUUUGGAUACUGAUUUCAAAACGGAUUGGACCAUAUUGACUAUACCAUCUGAACUAUCCGCCGGUCCUAUUCAUAUAACCACUUAUACCUUGCAUGGCCUACAACCGGCCAGUGUCUAUGAGGUCGUAGUGUUCGCCCGCAAUCACUUUGGUUGGAGCGAGAGUAGUAAAAUUGUGAGAUUCGCAACAGGCGGCGAAGUUGAAUUACCAAAUUAUUCAACUGAAGCGGAAUUGUAUAGCAACGAGGAAUUAUCGUCUGCCGAGAGCAAAGAGCUUCCGAAUGAGGGCUCGGAGAUUUCGAAUGAAGUUUACGAUAGCAACACGAUUACAUCGGCGUCGGCUAGCAGAUGGUGGUUUUUGAACUUAGCGAGUUUAGCAAUAUUAACAUUUUUAAAACUAAUCUGUCUAUGAUAAUAUUUGUAAU